GGAUAGCAGCACGCGGCAUCUUUUUGGCGGCCAUCACAACGAAGAACUGAAAGUCGCAAGCCAAAACGCAUAAUUUAAUGUGUUGACAAAAAACGCGCAUUUAGAUUUAAAUAAAACGAAACCAAACAAUUUGAAAAUGUCCGCAAGCGCUGCACGAGUUUACAUUCAAGUAGAAAGCGAGGCCGAGCAGCAGGAGCAUCUGAAACAACAACGCAAGACACUAAAGCCAAUUCAGGCUAGCGCCAACGCCAACGACAAGGAGAAUCUAACGGGACGUGUCUCCAUCGUGGAUCAGCUUAGUCGCUUAAAAGCCGGCGUCAAUACAACGCCCAAAUAUGGCAAACGCAAAUGUGUAGAUACAGCGGCCACAACAACAAUAACCACACAGGAUGCCGAUACACAGACCGAAGACUGUGCAUCCACCAGCGAUGCCGAUAAGCCAAUCACAGCGGCUGAUCUGACCAGCGAGAGCGAACCGGGUGAGAACUACUACAAACUGCUAUCGGAGCAGCGACGCGUUGCCCUCGAGGAGACACUCAACGAGAAUCGCCAUUUGCACGAACGCAUCGAGGGACUCGAAGAGGAGAUGAACACGAUGCGGCAAGAGCUCGACGAGGCUAAGACUCUGGUGGAGGUGCUCAAAGAGAUAUGCGACGAGAAUGAUGGCGAUGACGAACAGACGCAAUCAGAGGAUCAACACGAAUAGUUACACGAACUGCUAAAUAAAUAAAUAAAUACAUUUAUUACAUGUUAGAGUCAUAUUACUAUUAUAUUUUGAAAGUAGAUGUAGUUAAUUCAUUUCGAUUUUUCUAACUUAUACAUUUAUUAUUAUUAUUAUUAUCAUUAUUAAUAUAUAUGCAACAACCAACCCAAUGGACUGGUCUCAAUGUACGCCAGCAAUAAAUAUUUUUUAGUUAAUUUUCCAAUAAAAGUUGUUUCCGUA